GAGGAUAUGGCAACCUGUAGUAUGUGUUCCAAGACUUCCUCUCUCUCCUCUCUCAGGCUGUUAUUACCGCCGUUUGGACUGCAAUUCAUCUGUUGGGCAACCAGAGAAUCAUAUCCAGAGGACCAGCUUGUGAUCAAGGGAUGAAAACAGUGGUUCAGUUCUUUCAGUCUUAGGACCAAGGCAGCAGGUGGCAGCCAGAACAAAAUUGCCAUGAAAGUCACACUGAACGCCGUCUCCCUCUUAGCAGCCUUGGCUGGCGUGGUCAGUUUCAGCUUCCUGCUGGUGGCUAUCAGCACUGACUUUUGGUACCUUAUUGAUGCUUCUAAGCUGCAGAAGCUCCUCAACCGCACAGACAGCCUGAGCUCCCAUUCAGGGCUCUGGAGGACAUGCCAAGUUAAUAGGACAUGUUUCCAUUUGGUAAACCCCUUUAACCCUGACAUAUCAAAUAUCACCACAUCACACAAGCAACUCUUAAAUAUGCAUGGGGCAGUUGUGAUCCUGCUACCUCUUAGCCUCAUCUUGUUGAUCUUUGGAGCAAUGACGGGCUUCAUCAGUAUCCUUGCACAGGCUUACUUCCUCCUUAUGUUCACUGGCCUCCUCUUUCUCCUUGGAGCUCUCAUCACACUGGCCGGGCUCAGCAUCUACAUCACCUACUUUGCUGCAGGCUUCAGGGAAGCCAUUCUCCUCCUGGGAAAGAAGAACCUUCUGGACAUUAUCAACAUCCGGUUUGGCUGGUCUCUGGCCUUUGCCUGGCUUUCCUUGGCUACUGAGGUCCUCACUGGGCUAGCUUUCCUCCUGAUGGCCAGGAUGGUGGAUAUGAAGCAAAGGCAGGAUUGCACCAUAUGAGGUUAUCAAACACCACAGCCCAUCCGGAUCAGUUGGUUUUGACACCACCAGGUUUCCAUCUCUCCCUACUUUCUCUUUCUUAUUUUGAGCCACCUGCUGGCACUUAAAAGUGAGUGACUUUUAAGUCAAAGGAUGGCUUGUCUUGCUCUCCCCUGGGCCUUUUUUCUUCCAUGCGCUUAUAAUUUUGGUUAGCAGAUGAGUGGCCUUCUGGAAAGAGGGUCUUGUGCAGAUCUAGGCUCCUUUUGUCAGUGGCGAGGAAAUAAAAUAUGAUGUAUGAAAAGAAAAUUCCUGGAUGCCAAGAUCCAGGUUUGGUGAGAGAAUCCCUGCAGAGAUUUAAAACCACAAAACAUGCAGCAAAAUGAAGAGUGGAAAUAUAGGUUGUUAGACCUUUAAAACAUGCCCUUUUAAGUUCCAAAAUAGUCCCCUCUUCCGCCAGCACAAAAAGGCUUGUAAGAGCCAUGCGGUCUGAGCUUGGAUCAACCAGCUCAGACAUCUUCACAUGCUGAGCUUCUCUGGUAGACUGAAGAUGAACAAAGGCCUUGAUCACCUUCCUCCCAAGGUGAGGGGGAAUAACCUAGUUUGGGUUUGAGAUAAUCAGAAAUCUGUACUCCUACAGAACAGGUGCCUACCCACCACUAGGUUAUAUAUCUGUGUAUUAAAUGUCUCUAAAUUCUGCAAGCAGAAGCAAUUCCUGCGGGCAGAAUGGUUUCCACGAAUAGAUCAGAUGUAGAUAAAAACACAGUUAUAGAAAAUUGCUUCUAACAGCAAAGUCAGAUGGUGAGCACUGGCAGAAACGUAGCAAAAAUGGGACCACAAGGGAACAAGCAGAAAUGACCCACAUGUUUGAUGGAACUUUGAGAGUUGCAGAAAUACAUUUUUUUUAAGCCCCCAAAGCUUUUGGGGGAAACCCACUGGAAAACAACAACAAUGCAGCGAGAGUAGAACAUGUUGAAUGGCCACAGAAUUUAGAGUGACGGUUUGAAAAGAAAAGAAGAAAAUAGAAUGGGAGGCCAAGGUGGGAUGGUUGGUUUAUUGGAACACUGAAUGUAAGCUCUCCUUUGUGAAAGGAGAUGAACUGCAACAUUUACUUGCAAGCCCCCCUUUGUACAUCUGUACUGCCCAACAUCUGCAGGUGCCUCCCAAGUCCUUGUGACAUCAAAGAAUGCUCACAAACAUUCUACCUUCAAAGGGCAAAGGUCUGUAUAUUCUUGAUGAACUGAGCACUGGUUAUAUCCUACAAAGAAAUACUGCUGCGUGCAAGACAUCUGCUUUGGCAGAGGUGCUGCUUCUCUUCAAAGAGAGGUGUAUGUGUGAGUUUGUGUGUAGCUGCCUGUGCCAGCCCUGGUGUAUCCUGCAAAGAAAUCCUGCUGCACACAGGACACCUGCCAAUACUAUAGAGAAGGGGUGGCAACAUGCUUUCAAGUUGGUUUCCACACCAGAAAUAGCUCUGAAAGAAGAACUGUGGUCUUUGCUGACAUCUCGUGGCAGGAGUGAGAAACUGAAUAGCUGAGAAGGAAAAAGAGAGGGUGCCAUAUUUAUCAGCUUCAGUUGGCAAGACAGCUAAGGCCAUUCCUGGACCGAGGUAGCUUAGUCACUGUGGUCCUGGCAUCCACAACCUCAAGACUAGAUUACUGCAAUGCAGUAAUGUGAGGCUUCCCUUGGGCUUAGUCCGGAAGCUGCAGAAUACAGCAGCUAGGUAGUUGCCUAGGACAUCCCAUUGACGCUGUGUAACACCUCUGCUGAGUUUGUUGCACACUGCCUGCCAAUAUCCUACUGGGCGUGAUUCAAGGUUUUCUUUUUGCAUUUAAAACAACUUGGGACCCAGUCAUCUAGAGGCCUGCCUUCUUCAGAAAAGACAUUGUCCCAGAGGUGUGUUUAGUAUGCACAAGGGAGCAGGCUUUUUUGUUUGUUUAAGAAAGCUUUACCGUAAUGUGACCCAGUCAUUUUACGGGAAAUUACUUGUACAACUAUAGCAAUGGCCUUAAUUUCUUUUAGUUCACCGAGUCUGCAGUCUUUUGUGUUUUAUCUUGUACUACCCCACUUUGGUGGCUUUUGGCUUGUGACGUGGUUUCUAAAUCUGCAAAUAAAUAAAAUAUGAUGUAAGAAA